AUGCAGGUAGUACAUGAUGUGGACCUUCAAAAGCUUCCUGUUAGAUUUGCGUUGGACAGAGCUGGCCUAGUUGGUGCUGAUGGUCCAACUCACUGUGGAGCAUUUGAUACAACAUUCAUGGCUUGUUUGCCAAACAUGGUGGUCAUGGCUCCGUCUGAUGAGACUGAACUGAUGCACAUGGUAGCCACUGCUGCAGCCAUAGAUGAUAGACCUAGUUGCUUUAGGUACCCAAGAGGGAAUGGUAUAGGUUCCAUUCUUCCACCCAACAAUAAGGGCACACCACUAGAGGUGGGCAAAGGAAGGGUAUUAAAGGAGGGAAGUAGGGUGGCUCUUGUUGGUUAUGGAACAAUGGUCCAAAGAUGUAUGGAAGCGAGUAAGGUUCUUGAAGCUCAUAGCAUCUCAACAACUGUGGUUGAUGCACGAUUUUGUAAGCCUCUGGAUGGAGAUUUGAUGAGGCAACUGGCUAGAGAGCAUGAGAUUCUUAUCACCGUGGAAGAGGGAUCUGUUGGAGGAUUUGGUUCUCAUGUUUCUCAUUUUCUAGGCUUAAAUGGUCUUCUUGAUGGUAAUCUUAAGUGGCGAGCCAUGACAUUGCCUGACAUGUAUGUAAACCAUGGAUCUCAGAAAGAUCAAAUUGAAAUGGCAGGGCUGAGUUCAAACCACAUAGCAGCUACAGCUUUCAAAUCUAAGUCAGAAGAUGCAAUUGACUUGGAUUUACAGUAA